GUGCAGACGCAUCUACGGACGAGGGUGCCGUGCAAAGGCUUAUAUAGAGAGACGCCUCGACGACACGCAGCUUUCCUCAUCCCUGCUACCGCUGCUGCUGCUGCCACCACCACACCUCGCCUAUCAGUAUAGUUGUCCAAGGCAUUGAUCGGCCAAAAACUAAUCAUCGCGCCCAAGCCUGGUGCGUCGGCGCGAAUUCCUACGGCAAGGAAGAGAGAGAGAAAGAUGCGGUUGAAGUCCAAUCAUCAUGCUGCGGCGGCCCUGGUCUCGGUAGCUGUCGCUGCCACGUCCGCCCUCGCCGAAGACCCCGUCGCCGUCGUCGACCCGCUCGGGUACACCGAGCUUGCCAACUUCUCGCCCGUCCAGCGCCGCCAGCUCAACUGUCCCGCUGGCUACUUCAGCUGCGAGGACCGCGGCCCGGCCUUCGCCGGCACCUGCUGCGGGAACGGCCAGCUCUGCGCCCUCGACGCGCAAGACCAAGCCGCCUGCUGCCCCACCACAGCUACCUGUACCGGAGUGGCACCGACGGGGUCGACGCCGACGCCGUCCUUCGUCAGUAACACGUACUUCCAGUUCCCGUACAUCCCCACGUCGUUUUCGAACCAGGUGGCCUGCACGUCCGCGGUAAGCCAGUGCUCGCGGAACUACGCCGCGUGCGUGUCGGGGCUGUCGGGCGGUAGCAGCGCCGCGGGCGGCGUCUACGGCGUCACCAUCAUCGUGCCCGGCGGCGGCGGCACGACCGUCGCCGCCACCAACGCUGCCCUCCCGGCGCCCACCGCCACCUCCGUAUGCUCGAGCCUCUCGUCCCGCGCCUGCUACGGCCUGCAGAGCUCCCAGUGCGCCGCUGUCGCCUCGGCUUCCGGCUUCAUAAUCGGUGACGGCGACAACGGCGCCCCGCGCCCGACCGCGGCGGCGGCGGCGGCGGCCUGUGUGGCUGGCGUCGUAGCCGGAGUCGGCUUAGUCGCCCGCGACUACUUCUGAGAGGAGAGAGAGAGGCUGGGUAGACCUGUCAUCGGGCCGGCCUUGGGCCGGCCGAUCAGGCUCACACCGACUGAUUCCCGUCCCGCGCUACUUGCUAGCGCACAUGCAUAUUCACACCCCGGCGAUCCUACCCCCAGAUCGAA